UUGGUCAUGGAUCACGUUGUUAUGUUACCUCAGGACGUUGUCCUCUUAAAGGGUCAACCGAGAGAGAACUUUUUUAAACAGGUCUUCUCAUUUUUGUUUUAUUCUAACGACAGAUAUUUUAAAUGCCUUCAGCGAGCAUGAAAUCGCCGUUCAACUGGCAACUGUGUUUUAGAAGAACUGACUGAUUACUUCUUCAGCGGCAAGGUACGGGUUAGGUGUUGUUUGUCUUCACUCAGUUAACAGAAGAAGCUGUCUUUAAAUACAAAGAUGGCUAUUGAAAUGACAUCUCUGGUAAAUACUCUUGUGUUGUUUUUCUUUACUUCUUUCAUUGGAUCUGUUUUAUGUGCUCCUGCUGUUACUGAAGAGACUGUUUAUGAUCAAAGACAAAAUGGAACCGAAAAUAUACGUGUUCAUAUUAAAGGUGUUGUUAUUGUACAUGCGCCACUUGAAGCUCUGGCAGCCUUGGCUAGCGUGCCCGGCGUGUCAGAGGAAGUUUCACUGGAACAGCAACUCACAGAGAUUUUAAGCGGGACGUCUUCAACAACUGAAACUGGUUUAGUUCAGCCAUUGACUGAAGCUGAAAUAUCGAAUUCCUCAAAGCCUGAAGGAUCGAAGCCUGCAGCCCCUUCAGCUAACAAUACAGCAGCUCCAACAGAAGUAAAACCGUUGCAAGGUCAAAGUCAGACGCUGCCAAAAAAGACAAGACCGAGGCUGAAGCUUUCGAAUCUCCUGAUGCCACUUCUGAGACGCCUCUGAAAAUGCAUUGUGCAGUGUGAGGUAUAGCCACG